AUGUGCAUAAUGAAGUCAUCCUGUCUCACGGGGGGGAGGUUGUUCUCAUUGUGCCACAGCCUGGAAACCUCUGGGACUUUCUUUGCAGGUCACGUCGCAAGAGGACACAAUGAAGAUUGUAACAUGUCCUCUUUUACUUCUCUUCUUUUUCUCUGAAGUCAAAUGUGUUAAAGCAUCGUCCUGGACCGUAGAGGUGCCGUCUUCAGUGAAAGGCCUCCCUGGAUCUUGUGUGGUGAUUCCCUGCUCGUUUAACUAUCCCGAUCCUCAGAAGGCCAUCAGUGAAUUCACCGGGAUUUGGUUGGAGGCAAAAAAUCAUCUCAUCUAUCAUCCCGUGGGCUCAAGUACAAUGCAGGAGUAUCACGGUCGAACCGAACUGGUGGGAGACGUCAGACAGAAGAACUGCUCGCUAAAGAUUGAUCCUCUUCAACCAAGCGACCAAGGCCCUUAUCAUUUCAGGGUUGAGAUGAAACACUAUGAAAAGUUCUCCUACAAAGACAACACUGUCUACAUAAAUAUGAUACACACACUCAGUCCUGUCAAUUUAACUGUGACAGAAAACACAGAUCAUCCAAUUGUGACUGCUUCCUGUUCUGUCACUCACUCAUGCCCCGCCUCUCCUCCGGUCUUCUUCUGGAGUCACUCUGGACGUCAACAUUAUCAGACGCAACCACUGGAGAAUGGCCAAUGGCAAGCGACGUCCACACUGACUUUACUUCCUGCCCAUGCUAGUAACAACACGCAUUUGCAGUGCCACGUCAAAUUCAAAGGAGGCCAGCAUCAGGAGGCAUCCAAGAUCAUAAACGUGAAAUAUGCCCCCAUGAACGUUAACGUUGACUACAACGCCAACGUGAAGGAGGGAGGCGCCGUGCGUCUGAAGUGCAGCUGCGAUGCCAACCCUCCCGCCAGCAGCUACGAGUGGCAUAACGACCAUGGUGCUCAGCUGCACAAGGGCAGCAUCUUCAUUCUGACAAAUGUCUCCAGACACACGGGCGCCCUGUACUGUGUUGCCAUCAACCCCAUGGGAAAAGCAACAUCAUCACCUGUGCAGCUUGAUGUGACAUAUGCUCCUGAGAUUAAGAGUGUCUCAGUCUGCUCGUCCGAGGGGGAGAUGGUGAAGUGUGUGUGCAUUGCAGAGUCCAGACCACCCAGCAGCGUCCACUUCCUCCUGCCUAACACGAUCCUUCCGAGGCCCGACGUAGAGCGGCACGAUUCCGUUACCAUCGGCACGCUGCAGGCUUUGCUUCCUUCUUCUGAAUUCAUCUACUGCGUGGCUAACAACACCGUAGGCAGCGCCAGCGCCGCCAUCACAUUACCUGUUCACAGCAAGAUGCUGUAUCUUUAUAUUACUAUUGCAGCUGGGGCUCUUGUGAUGGUGGCAGUUCUCUUCAUAGUGAUUGUAAAAAAAUGGACCAGAUCGAGGGACGUGCCUACCACAGAUCCUCUACAUAAACCUGGGAAGUCCCUUCAAACUGUCAGAGCAGCGAGGAAAAACAUCAAUUCUGGUCCAAAUCCCAGCAACAUGUACAGUCAUCAUACUUAUGGCAACAUGAAUGAGGCUGAGUCGACUAUAUACUGUGAUCCAAUUUACGGCAAUGUGUAAAAUGGACCUGAAGGAAAGAACAGGCACAUAGUGUCACUGCAGGUUUUCUGCUUGUGUUGUUGUAUAUGUUCGUACAAAUAUUAGUACUGUUUAAUAUUUUCAGUGCUGGUAACACUGUGGUUUUUUGUGUGUAGUGUUUGUGAAUAUCCCUGUGAUUGCUGCACUUAUGUGUAGGUUGUACAGCACUGCUAACAAUCCAAAUGUAGAAAUGAGUGCAUCAAUUAAAGGAGACAUAUUAUUCAUUUUUGCCCUCAUUUAAAACAGUUCCCAGGUGUCUUAAAAAAAGGUCUCUGACAUUCUUUUAUCAAAUUACACAAUGGGUAAGGAAUUAAAUUACGCUUCACGUUCACAUCACUCUGGUUCAAAUCACUCAAUUUUGGAGGAGUGGUUCGGUCUCAUGCAGUUGUGGAGUCCGACUUUUAGUGCUAUAUUUGGCAACUUUAAGCAGUGAGUAACAAACCUAGGGUUAGAGACCAUGCCUGCCUUUGAAUAGCAAAAACCUGUGAAUAAUUGAUGCUAUUAAAAAAAAUAAUAAUCUGAUAAAAAGCAAAUAAGCAGGCAGUUGGAUUAAAAAAAACAUGACAACCUAAUCACUAUAUUGUGAUUUUUAUAUAGUUCACUCAUCGGUCGAAUGAAAAACAGUUUUCAUGACUACACUACUCCGGUGAAGAGGUGGGUAGCCUUAAAACUGGCAUGCAACAGCAAAAACACCUGCAAGAUGUUUUCUCGAAGUUCGAAGUGGACUGAAAUAUCCCGAGUCUGUGCAGUGACAAAACUACGCUGCGUGUUAAAGCUGUUGUUUUUCGUCGUCUGUAAUGUAAACACGAGUCGCGCGCGGCUGUCACAACUCACUUUGAUUGACCCGCGAAGCCCAGUAGGAGACUUUGUGUGCGGAUAUGUGACUUUCUUGUGUUGUUUCAUUGGUGAACAUAUUCAAAUAUUACUGUGAUUAUCACGAUGGAUUGGAGCAACGGCGCCCGAUGCGAAAGUCGAAAACGAAAGUCUAAAAAUAGAUCGCGCAGGCAAUUAUUGAUAAAUGAAAGUAGCGAGCAGCGUGUAGACUGUUGUAUUGUUUCUUCUUAACAUAAAUACUCGAGUAAAAUGAAAAAGUAUGCUGAAUUAAAACUACUCUGACGAGAACAAUUUAUCCAAAAUGUUACUUGAGUAACUGUAUCGGCACCUCUGCUCGGGUGCGCCGUUGAUUAGGUUAUCGCUGUCUCAUAAUUACAACGUACCAUAUUAACAUCAACAUUGUGUUUCUAAGUUGAGUGUAUUUACAAACAAAAAAAAAUACAAACAAAGCACUUUAUAUCCUUCCACGUUCUGAUGUGUUGCUCAACUUAUAUUAAAGAUAUUUUCGUGCCACAACUCAUGAUUUUGUCCCGUGCCUAAAAUCAGCAAUACCCCAGAAAUGGAAGCAAUGCAUCAUGGGAUAUAUUGCUUUUCUAGUGGCCAUCGGUUGAACACUACUUUUUAAAAAAUCAUCGUGGGAUUACAUUUAAUGUCACACUCGGUGACUGGGGAGGCACUCCAGAGACCCAACUGUUUGUAUAUGAACAUUCAAAUAUUAUUAAUAAUAAUUUCUUUUUAUAAUAUUAGAGUUCUACUGUGUCUAACUUCGUAUUUAACUGACACCUUGCACAAUCAUACAAAGGAGUAUUUGGGCUGAAAAUCUGCCUCAAAAUGUAUUUUUGGAUAUCAAGCAUUUGUCAUAACAGAUGUCAUCAUAUCACGCGAAGCCCUGCAUCAUCACAGGAGGUGAUGACGCGGUGGGAGGGGGGUUUGCGACACUUUUUCUUACAGGACAACGGUGGCAAGAGAAGCACAAAAAUAUCCACCGGAAGCUAGCGGGAAGUAAGUGGACACACAUUCUAAACAGAAAUAUUUUGUUCAGGUGUUGAACGGAUGCCGUUUCUUGCAUUUAUUCUCCAGAUUCUAGUUAAACAUAAAGUAGUGUUACAAUUUCAAUCUCUCGAAAGGAACAGGGCAGAAGUUUCGUAAGUGGUCACAACACAGGAAGUGAGUUGACAAACCCAGUGACAUCUUGUGCAAGACAAAGACAACUCCCCCUGAGCUGUUUUCGCCUCACAUUCUCUAUAAAGUCACAUAAAUGGCUUACUACCUUUUACAGAAAACAUCAAAUACAGAUAUGAUUUUGUUGUUGAGAAAAAAGGUUUCUUUGUGUGUACCUCAUACGCCACUUGUUGUUAUGUGCUGAAGGAUAGGCUACAGUUAUCACAGUAUGCAGUUAACAUGUUUAGUAUCACAAUAAAGAAAAGCAUGAAGGUC